GAUACCUCAGUUCAGACGGAGAAUUCUCUGUCAUUUGAAAGGAUUGAACACGUCUUACCAGAAAAAAUUAGCCCACACAUGUGAUGUACGUGGCAAUUAUACUGUACUGAUACUGUUAUGUUCCUAUGAUGAUAUUUCGAUGAUUUCCUGGUGUGUUAAUCAUGGGGUUUGUGUAAAUAAGUGUAGCGAGAAGAAUUUAACCGCAUUGCAUUUUGCUGUUUUUUAUGGUUUGAUAGAAAUAGUAAGGAUGCUGCUUGACACAGGAGCAGAUUAUAAUAAAUGUGACAGUAUUGGUAGGUCACCUUUUAUGAGUGCCUGUAUACAUGGUCGUACAGAAAUAGUAAAGAUGUUGUUAGACACAGGAGCAGAUUAUAAUAAAUGUGACAAUUCGGGUUGCUCACCUGUAGUUUUGGCGUGUAGUAAGGGGCAUACGGAAAUAGUAAGGAUGUUGUUAGACGCAGGAGCAGACUAUAGUAAAUGUGACAAUUCGGGUUGUUCACCUGUAAUUUUUGCUUGUGGCGAGGGAUAUACGGAAAUAGUAAAGGUGUUGUUAGAUACAGGAGCAGACUAUAAUAAUUGUAACAAUGUGGGUUGGUCACCUGUAAUGUGUGCUUGUAGAAAUGGCCAUACAGAAAUAGUUAGGAUGUUGUUAGACAUAGGUGCAGAUUAUAAUAAAUGUAACAAUCAAGGCCAGUCAUCUUUAAUAAUUGCAUCUGAAAGAGGUCAUAGAGAUAUAGUUCGUGUGAUAAAUGAACAGUUUAAGAAAGAACAAGCAAGAAAAAGGCGAGGUCACCCGAAAGGUAGAUAUAGCAGAAAGAGGCGACUAGAUUCAAGCGAGUCAGAUGAAAAUGUUCCACUGGCCAGACUUAAGGAAAAAAUAAAAGAUGAUACUUUGACGAAAAAAAGAAAAGGAAGCAGAAGGAGCUUAAGGAAGUCCCAGCGAUAGGCAAUAGUAUCUUAACCAGGAUUGCAAAAUACUACAGUGAGAAUGUCGUUUUAAACAUGUUAAAAUGAAGACGGAUCUGAGCCCGUGGUACCAGUGCUGUAUCUGGAGCAAGCGGAAAAGGGUAGCUUGAUGUGAGGCUGUUCUCAUACAGCAUAUCUUGUGCCAUUAAAACAUAUAGCUAUGCUUUCCAAUGUACAACUCUUAUAGAAUAUUUAAUUUU